UCUCGAAAUGAGGCCAGAAGCCGCGGAGCACGGGGCGGCUCUGCACUUUUUUCAUACCUCUAACAGCUGCAGCCCUGUCACGCGACCCGCCCGGGAGGAGUCAGCUGACCGCUGGGCCGAGGGUGGCAGUUAACCGCCGUCGCGAGGGGCGCCUCAGCGUCUUCCCGUCAGCGACCAUGUCGUCCGCCGCUUCUCCUCCCGCGUCGUCCUCGUCGUCGUCCUCGUCAGGGGCGGCGGCGGCGGCUCCCCCCGGGGCUACGGCGGCUGCGGCUGCGGCGCUGCUGCUGUGGGAACGAGCCUGGUCCCUGGAGGAGGUCCGAGCCGGGAGCCCGUGCUGGUCCUUGGCCGCCGACGCGGGGCUGUUGCGGUUUUUGCAAGAAUUCUCCCAGCAAACUAUCUCCAGGACUCAUGAAAUUAAGAAGCAAAUGGACAGGCUGAUCCACGAAACCAAAAGUGUAGAUUGUCGGCUGCACAACGUCUUCAAUGGCUUCCUCAUGCUUUCAAAUACACAGUUCAUUGAAAAUAGAGUGUAUGAUGAUGAAGUGGAAGAAACCAUACCCAAAUCUGAAGUGAGCGACAAGCCAGAACAGGAGAAAACUCGUGAACAGAAAGAAGCCGAUCUGAUUCCCAAAAUCCAGGAAGCUGUGAAUUAUGGGCUGCAGGUGUUGGACAGUGCCUUUGAACAGGUGGACAUUAAAGCAGGGAACUCAGACUCUGAAGAAGAAACUAAUGAAAGGGUAGAACUAAUAUUGGAGCCAAAGGAUCUUUAUAUUGACAGGCCUUUGCCGUAUUUAAUUGGCUCUCAGCUCUUCAUGGAGCAAGAUGAUGUUGGGCUUGGUGAUCUCUCCAGUGAAGAAGGUUCAGUAGACAGUGAUCGUGGGAGCAUGAUUGACAGCGAAGGCAAAGAUGAAGAGGACCUGGAAGAAUUUGAAAAUGCAAGUGAGGAAGACCACAAACCGAGAACGGCACUGAUGAGUGAUGAAGAUGAUUUUUUUGGUGACUCUGAAAAAGGAGAAGACGAUGAUGAAGAAGGUGACUUAGAAGAGAAUGCAAAGCUGAAAAAGAAAAGGCCCACAUCAUUUACGGAUGAGCUUGCAGCUCGUAUCAAAGGGGAAGAGGAAGGGCAAUCAUAUACAAAAAAUAAAACCACAGUGACAAAUAAGGAAGAAAGUGUCUCAUCAGAUGAUGAUGGGGAUAUUUUUAAGCCCCCCAAGUUAACGGAUGAAGACUUCUCACCAUUUUGCUCUAAAGAUGGCCUCUUCAGUGGUGGGACAGGACUCUUUGAUGAUGAAGAGAGUGACCUUUUCUCUGAAUUGCCAAAAGGGGUAGAUGUGAUGGAAAAAGAAUCGCGAGUCCCAAUAAAUGAUGAGCCAUCAUCAAAACCUACGAGGAAAGUUCCUGCUGGUGCAGUAUCUCUCUUUCCAGGUGGAAAUGACGUGUUUAGCCCCUCCUCGUUUCUAAAGGGGAAAGAGGAUAAGAAACAGGCAGAACCUGUCACAGAUAAAGCACCUAGACAUGAAGAUGUUGGCCUUUUUGAUGAUGAUGAUGAUGGCGGCAAGCUUGAGUCAAAUAAGAAAAGUUUCAUUUCAGCCAAACCUGCAGCUGAUCUCUUUGAAAGUGAGGAAGAUCUGUUCAAGGAAAAGCCUGACAUUACCAAUGUUACAAACAAAGCAGCUAAAGAAAAUAAAGACUUUACAGCAGGAGAUAAGAGUCAACCGUCUGCUGAAAACGUCGGGUCUUCAACUCAGACAUUUUCCAAAGGCCACAAAAGCCUGUUUUCUGACGAGGAGGAUUCUGAAGAUUUGUUUUCUUAUCCAUCAAAAUCAAAGAGCUCAUCUUCUAGCAAAGUGGCAACAAAGACAUCACUGUCUCUGUUUGAGGAUGAGGAUGAAGAAGGACUCUUUGGGUCUAUGCCUAAGGCACAAAUUUCAAAACCACCAGUAAAGAAAGCAACCAGUUUGCUCUUCAGCAGUGAUGAGGAGGACCACUGGAAUAUUGGCCAAGAGGUCAAACCUGCUUCUGAAUCCAGGCAAAAAAAGGAGCCUACAAAAUCUGCCUCUACUGCCAGCCACACAGUCAAGACAGGCCUCUUUGAGGAAGAAGGCGAAGAAGAUUUGUUUGUUAUCACUAAAGACAGUCAAAGAAAAGCUCCCAAAGCUGCACUCCUCUUCCAAGAAGAUGAUGUAAAUGGAGACUCAUUCUUCAGCAUUCAGCCGUCCCAUCUCCCAUCAGGUGUCCAAGAAGUAACGGAGGAUUUGCUGGGAACACGUCCAAAGAAACGAGUGGAAGAGAAGGCAGGACCUUUGGGUGAACCUGAAACACUUCACAGGUCUGAUCUUGGAGGAGGAGAUGCAGGAGAGCAGCAGAGGAAGGAUGAACCCCUUUUGGAGAAAGAUGUCAAAAAAAGGAUUAAAAGUGUAUUCAGCUUAUUUGACGAAGAGGAGAAAAAUGAAGGUGUGGAUGCUGAUAAAAUGUCACAGAGGGAAAUUGAAAAGCCCCCCGAGAACAGUAUCCCUUCCAAGAGCACAGGCGUCUUUCAGGAUGAAGAACUUCUCUUCAGUCAUAAGCUGCAGAAAGACAAUGAUCCUGAUGUUGAUAUUUUUGCCCGCAACAAAAAAGAGGUUCCAAAGCCCAGGGUAAAACUGCCAUCUGAAGGAGGGCUGUUUGGAGCUGAUGAUGGUGGUGAUGAUGGUCUAUUCAGCCCUUCUAAAGCAAAGCCCUUGGUAGCAGAGAAGAAAACAGUAAUCUCUUUGGAAGAGGAUAGUGAAGUUCCAGAAAGUAAUAAAAACGCCAGACAAGAAGAAUCAAACUUAAAGGCCACUGAGAAAUCCACUGGUCUUGGUGCAAGUAAACAUAGAGAGUCCUCAUCUAGGAUUGGAAAAUUACAAGCAAGUUUGGAUAUUAACCCAGCCGUUUUGCUGCCCAGCGCGAAGCCACCUUCAUUGCAUCCAAAGACUGCGAUUCAUGAACCUCAUGGCGUGCAGCAUGUUGAAAGAGCCUCUGCUCUAGGAAAUAAUAAGGAGAUGGGAGUCAGCUUUGAUGAUCCCAUGCAAGCAGACACACUGCAAAAUGCCAACAAGGGCAGAAUCAAGGUGACUGGGAAACGAAGGCCACCUACCAGAAGUGCCAGGCGAUUGGCCGCUCAAGGGGAUAACACAAAUGACAUGAAUGUUGCUAAGGACCCGUCCCCGCCUCUCUUAAAAGAAAGCUCUGUGCCACCAGCCACAUUGCAUCCUUCCAAUGCAAAACUGCAUAGGAAGGAAAACACUGAAGAAUCUCAAUCACCUCUACCAACCAACAGCAGUGAGCAGCUGCACGAGGCAGCUGGUAGCCCUGGCUCAAAAUCAGCAGCCCAGCCUAAUGUGCAUGAUCUCUUUGAGUCAAAUGAUAUUUUUGCAGACAGCAUAGUGUCUAAAGUGACUACGAGACCAAAGGCAACGGUGGAAACGGAGAGCCUCAUGGGCCAGGUCCCUAAAGGUGGGGAAGGAUUGCCUGUUCCAUUGGCAUUGGAUGGUGCAAAUAGUGAAGGCCUCUUCCAGGCUGAAAUGCCCUCAAAGAAACCCGACCCGACUCCUUUCUUGGAGGAUGAAGAUGAUCUCUUCGCCACUAGUAAAAAAACUGUGAAGAGGAAAGAUCCAAAACCCAUUCCUCAGUUAGUCCAGGAUCCUUCCGUCCCUGAUAUUUUUGAGGAUGAUAUAUUUGCAUCAGAAGCUCUUAAGCCGCCUGUCAAAGCAAAAUCAAAAGAGCUGGAAGUGAACCUGUUUGAUGAUGACGUUGACAUCUUUGCUGAUCUUGCAGUGAAACCAAAAGAAAGGAGUGCCAAAAAGAAGAUGGAAUCUAAAUCUAUAUUCGAUGAGGAGAUAGAUGAUAUCUUCUCACCUAGUAGUCAAUCCAGGACAACCAUCAAGAAGGCCCAGUCCUUUCAGGCAGCUUCAGGAACUAAAUCCGAAAUCAGAGCAUCAAAUACAUUUGAAGACCCGCUCAACGUAUUUGAAGGUCAAUGAACAUGUAGCCACUGACUCUUCUGUAACACUCUUAUCCUGCCCAGUACUAAUUCCCUUGCUUUCCAAUUGAACUCCUGGUAUGAUGGAACUGUUCAGGCUCGCAUCUAAAUAUUUUUCCUUCCAUGGCAUCAAAAGAAACAUAGUGUUCCAAAAAUAAUUUCAGUACCCUGUAGCAUUUCUGUUCCAGUUCAGUAGCUUAUUCAUUGACUUGCUAAUGUAAUCUUUUGUACAGAGUAUAGAUUUUAUUAAUCAGAACUGUCAAAAUAAAUCUGAUAUUGAUAAAUACAAUUUGUAAAACCACUUUUUGUGUAUGGGGUGUUAUGGGAGAGGGGUACGACUUCUUGUGGGGGACACAUGCUCCUUCUAGAGUAGUUUGUGCACCUUGGGUCCCCACCCUGCACUCAGCUCUCGCCUGUGGCUCCUAGAACCUGCCAGUAUGCGGCUUCGAAUGGCUGGCUAAACUUGAUGGGGGUAGCCAGUGGGUCUCAAACCCUCAGAGUCAGUCCAACAGUCAAGGUGGUUUCUGCACGUGCUGCAGAGAGAAAGGAGGGGCAGAUGGGACUUGUCAACCUGGGAAGGUAGCCCAUCUGUGAGAAGGGCUAUCUUUGGGAAGAGUAAAGGCUAAGGAGUAAACCCUGCACAAAUCCAGA